AGGUGAUAUGUGACGAGGCCUAAAGUGCUGGAACCAUUCCCAAACUUCAUUGCCAGAUUGGUCACAGUGAAUCACGUGAUACAUGUUAACGACAGCCUCGCGGGGUCUCGAGAGGAACGAAAAACACCCUUGAAAGCCUAAAUCACAACACAAAUGAUGACAGGAAUCUCAACAUAUCAUUUCUCAACAUGGGAAUGGUUCGAAAGAUUUAUGCACUUCUGAUAUGUGACUGAGAUGUUUAUAAGUUGACUGUGACUGAUGCAAGGUGACUGAUGUAACGUCUGACGUGAUGACAACAAAUGUCAAAUGUAUUUCAUUUGAAAUUUGAAAUAAAUAAAAAUAACAUGAAAAAAAACUUUCGGUGAAAUGUUAACUUUUUAGGUCAAAUAAUGUCUUUGUAUGUUAUUAAUAGUGAAAUCGAAAUCCACACUCCACAUUUCAUAGCUCACAAUCUUCAUAAGUUCAUAUGCAGGAAAAUAUCAAAUAUCUUUGAAGACAGUAUCCAAAAUGAAUUGGGUUAUGCUCACUUUCUCAUUAUUAACAACGUCGAUGAUAGCCUGCUCUAGUAUUUUUAAUUUUUUUGAGAACAAAAUUCCAACUUUCUUUAGCAAAACAUUCAGGUAUGGAAAAUUCGCUUGUAAAGAAAAGGUUUUUGGGGUUAUUGAUUUGCCGAAAUCAUGGUUUAGGCAUUUUUACUGGGUGGCUGUGAUUUCUUAUACUUUUAUACUAUAUCAAGCAACACAAGUAUAUGUCUUCGGAAAUGAGCCUUCCCAUAGGUUUUUGGAGUUUCUUCAAUGUCUUUGUGGUGAAAACAGACCAGCUCACACAACUGCUACACACAUAUUCCUUGCUCUCAUAUUGAUGACUCUCCAAGCAUAUAGAAGAUUUUAUGACACCCAUUUCAUCUCAGUUUACAGCAAAAAUAGUGUAAUGAACCUAUCUCAUUACCUUGUUGGAAUUAUACACUAUCCAGGUUCUGCUUUAGCAGUGAUUUGUGAAGCCCCAAAUUUCACCCAUAAAGCCUUAUCUUCAAGUGUAGACUUGGACAUAUCUCAAUUAUCUUACACUGAUAUUGCUGCUGUUAUAAUAUUUUUGUGGGCCUGGUGGCACCAACACAAGACUACUAAAAUUUUGGCUGAUUUGAGAAAAAAUGAAAAAGGUGAUCUUGUCUCAAAUGACCAUAAGGUGCCAUAUGGAGAUUGGUUUGAUUAUUUAUCAGCCCCCCAUCAGAAUGCUGAGAUUCUCAUGUAUUUUUCUAUAACAAUUCUGUUGUGGUAUAAUAUCACAUGGUUCUUUGUGUUUGCAUGGGUUUUGUCUAACCAGGUGGAAACUAUCUUACUAUCACACUGGUGGUACCAGGAGACCUUUGAUAAAUUUCCUAAGAAUAGGAAAGCACUAAUUCCAUUGAUCUGUUGAUUUAUAUCAUCAUUAUACCUAUCAAUAAUUGUAUGUGAUUUGAUAAUUCCAAGUAUUUUGUCAAUUGAAAAUAUGUAAUUCCAAUAUGCAAUUAAAACAAAAUUCCACUUAUUCAUUUGUAUUUAAUUAUUUUGGUACAGGGUUUCUAUAAAUUAUCUUGGUGGCCAUUGAAAUAUGUCUUCCAUUACCAGCUUCCUGCAAUGAACCAUGAUAAUGGUGUUAGAUCAGAAAUACAUAGUUCAUAUAGUUAUAAUCAUUUAUAGAAACCCUGUAUUUGAAAAUAAAAUACAUUUAUAAAUAUUUCAUCAAAUCUGUACCACUGUCCAGCAGUGAUGUUUAUAACAAAUGGGACCAACAAAAACUGUUCCUAGUCAAGAAAUUGUAAUAAAUCACCCAGUUUAUUCAAAUAUGCAUCUGGAACCAAGUCUUUCUCUUCCUUUUUGGAAGAUUUUUUCCAUUCAGUUACCUCAUCCAAAGUAGUAACCCCAGACAGAACCAAAAGUGUUUGGAAGCCACAUCUGGUGCCCAACAAAAUAUCUGUAUUGCAUCUGAAAGUUCAGAUACUUAAUAUUCAAAAGAACCCUCUUGUUAAAUCUCCAGAAAAAUCUCUUACCUAUCACCAAUCAUCAGUGUUCUCUUAGGGUCAAUCCCAUGUUCUCUGAAUAGGGCUUGGGAAAUGUAGGAGUUAGGUUUCCCAACAACUACAGCUUCUCUUUGUGCUACAGUUUCUACAGCACGUACAAUAGCACCUGUACCAGGUACAACCAAAUCUGUAUGCAUUGGAAAACGCUCAUCAGUAUUUGUGGCAACAAAAAAACAUGAUGGUUUGUUCAAAUAUGAUGCUGCUUUAAGUAGCUUGUUGUAGGAAAAAUGUUCAUCAAACCCAACUAUUACAGCACCAACAUCAGGAUCAGGAUGGAAAGUCUCAAUGGUUUGUGAGAGACUGCACUGAAGAACAUCAGGCUAAAAUAAUUUGUUUCACAUCAGAAUACAUCAUCAUCAACUUCAAUUAUAAACUUACUCCAAUACCUAAGUGUUUAAUACCUGCUGCUUCUAAUUCUUGGCUGAUUCCUUUGGAUCCAAUAACAUAAGCUUUUUUGUUGAACCCAUUACUCUUCAAGUAACUCACUGCUAGAUAGGCUGUUGAUAUUAUUUCAUCCUGCAAUCAUUCAAGUUAUCUCAACAGGUAACUUUCGAUAAUGCAAACCUUCUCUAUAAUGAAUCCCAUUCUCCUGGAUUUAGUCACAAAUUCUUCUCUAAUCUUUGUAGAGUUGUUUGUAACAAAUAUAAUCUUCUUUCCUAGUUCUCUGAGCAUGUUAAUGACUUCCACUGACCCUUCGAUUGCCUCGUUUUCCAGCCAUAGCACUCCAUCACAAUCAGAUAGUACUGUAUCAAAAGAAUCCAAAAAUUUUUUCAUAUCUGCUUUAGACAAUUUGGAAAGGUUGGUGAGCGAAGAAUGAAGCAUGUUUGUGGUCAAAGUUUUGAUGGUGUUCAUAAAUAUUUUGUGCUUCUGUCUGUAAAAUGUUUCCAAACUUGAAAACCCAGCAUUACCGUCAACAUUCACCUAACCCUUUGACUUUUUGACAUUGAACAUAUUUAACCUCACUUUCUCUAACCUGCCAGCCCGGAAGUGUCUAUUCGCACGCAGUGCGUGUAUACGUACGAAUACGUACAAAUAGCGAUAAGUCACUUUAUCCGUACGUUUACGUGCGAAUAACCACCACUUUCCAUUUAGCAUAGACCCCCCUGCAAUGAACUGUAAGUUCAUUGCCC